AAGUUGGGCUAUGGAAAGAAGGUGAAGGCAAAACAGAGGGACACAUUCCAUGCCCUGGCGUCAAUCUUCUCUAGACAGGAGUGAGCAAGGCGACAAGGCGAUCUAUUCCAUCAUGCCAUUGAAGAUCAAAGAAAGAUUGACUGGCGCGUGCAAGGCGGCCUGUUUGCCCGGUUUGCAUCGGGAUUUAUUCUUCCCUUUUCGGAGCUGUCACUCACUCCUCGUCCAUGACUUUAUUGCGAUUCCCCACCCUUCAGUGUUGGAAGCAUGAUUUGCUCUUGAAAGCCAUACUUAUCAUGAGUGCACAAUCUAAGUCAGGUGUGGUCUUGGCCGCCCGCUAUGCUGUGCCUUUUGUUUUGCUGUUGAUCCCAAUUUGGUUGAGCAGGAUCAAUGCUCAUGUCCCCGAACCAUAUCUGGACGAGGCGUUCCACAUCCCUCAAGCGCAGGCUUACUGGGCUCACAAAUGGACCCAUUGGGAUCCGAAGAUCACAACCCCGCCGGGUCUGUAUCUCUGGUCGUAUGGGCUAUGCGCUGCCCUUCUUUCCCUACGAGGUUCUCCUGCGGAGCUUACCCCGGAAGUGCUGCGUGCGACCAACGUGGCAGCUACCGCGAUUGCGCUACCAUAUCGCUUGCAGAAGCUCUUGGAUAGACUGCGCAAAACUCGCAAUACCCGUCCCUCUGGGGCUUGGCUGAGCCAUACAGUGUUGAACAUUUGCCUCUUCCCGCCAAUUUUCUUCUUCUCGGGGCUUUACUACACUGAUAUUCUUGCCUUGCUCGUGAUUGUCGAAGCAUACAAUUGGGACCUCAAACGUUCGUCGGGUGAUGCAUGGUUCCCGCUCAAGACGAUCGUUUUCACGGUCCUGGGACUGGUGACGCUGGUAUUUAGACAAACGAACAUUUUCUGGGCUGCUAUCUUUCUGGGUGGACUGCAGGUUGUUCGGCAAUUGAAACUGAAGUCCAAGCCGUGUCGGUCCUCGGGUCUCGCGGAUGUUGUUCGACAGGGAUGGCAGAAUGAACUCUAUGAUCCUCUUGUUUCUGAGGCUUCCAUUGAAGACUACUUCAAGACUUCUAUUUCGCUGCUCUCGGUUGCCUUAAGUAAUUUGGGCACCGUGAUCAGCACGGCUAUUCCGUACCUGCUUAUACUUGCAGGCUUCGGGGCAUUUGUCCUCUGGAAUGAUGGUGUUGUCCUGGGACAUAAGGAAUUCCACACUGCCGGUAUUCAUCUGCCGCAGAUGCUGUACAUCUGGCCAUUCAUCGUAUUCUUCUCCUGGCCACUACUUCUCGGACCCGUCAUCAACUUGGCUCUCCCCAAGUCUUUCCUUCCGAAGUUCAUUGAUUUUGGCUUUCCCAAGAAACAAAAGGGCUUCCCCAAGUUGCUGACAGCAAUUACCGUCAUUCCCAUCAUGCUGGUUGUGGUUCAUUUCAACACCAUUGUGCAUCCGUUCACGCUCGCUGACAAUCGCCAUUACGUCUUCUACGCUUUCCGGAUCCUCCUACGGACCCAUCCAGCGACCAAGUACGCCGCUGUUGUCGUUUACUUCCUUUGCGCGUGGAUGGUAAUUUCUGCCCUCGGUUUCUCCACUACUCCUCAGCCGCCCCAGAUGAGGCAGAUUACCCAGCCUGCAGCCUGGCAGUAUCCGGAGUUGCAGGAGGAGCCCAUGCAGAAAGAGCCUACGCAGAAGAAGGCGGAACGCAAGCAGAAGGCAGCAAAGCAGAAGACAUCGAAGCAGCCUGCUAAGGCACCUGUACCUCAGCCCAUUUCUGAGGAGGCAUUUGCCAAGAUUCAAGCACAUCUCAUUCAGCGUCAAAAGCAGCAGCAAGGUGCACCCCAGGUGAGCUUCGUGCUUGUUUGGCUCGCGGCCACAGUGCUGUCUCUCAUCACCGCUCCUCUGGUUGAGCCUCGAUAUUUCAUCAUUCCGUGGGUGAUGUGGCGUCUUCAUCUACCGCCCCAGCCGACGCCACUGGUACACCGGCGUCCCCAGCAUGCCAUCGAUGAACUCAAUGCAAAGAUGGCCACCAACUUUCCGUUGUUCUUGGAGACAUAUUGGUUCCUGGUCAUUAACGCGGUGACUGCGUCUCUGUGCCGCUCUAUUACACCUCCGCCGGUGUUGUUCUCCCGCUCAGCCAGGAACUCCGCACCCCAAACGCCUUGCCUCUUUUCCUCUCCUCACAAAGCACCACUGCCGAAGCCGAAUCAGAAGAUUCUCCCCUCGCCUAUUCAGCUCACUCAUAUCCGGGAUUUUGCACCCUCGUCGGGCAAGAAUGUCGACACCGUCCGUCUCCGCGACAUCCUGGGCGAUCCCAUGAUCCGCGAAUGCUGGCAAUUCAACUACCUCCAUGAUGUGGAUUUCUUAAUGAGCCAGUUCGACGAGGAUGUGAGAGCACUCGUCAAGCUGAAGGUGGUGCAUGGAUCGUGGAAACGAGAUGCGCCCAAUCGGGUGCGAAUCGAUGAAGCUUGUACACGAUACCCAAACGUAGAAGCUAUUGUGGCCUACAUGCCCGAAGCGUUUGGCACCCAUCACUCCAAAAUGAUGAUUCUCUUGCGACAUGAUGACUAUGCCCAGGUCAUCAUCCACACGGCCAACAUGAUCCCAGGCGACUGGGCGAAUAUGACCCAAGCGUUGUGGCGGUCUCCGCUCCUUCCUCUUGUGAGCAGCACGAGGAGAGACACCAAUGCGGACGAUGGACAGCAGCUCCCCGGAUCCGGAGCCAGGUUCAAACGAGACUUGCUGGCUUACCUGAGUGAAUAUGGAUCUAAGAAGACGGGCCCGCUGGUCAAGCAAUUGAGUCAGUAUGAUUUCCGUGCUGUUCGAGCAGCACUCGUGGCUAGUGUGCCUUCAAAGCAGAAGCUGAACGAGGCGGAUUCGCGAGUCAAGACCCUCUGGGGUUGGGUUGCGUUAAAGGAUGUGCUGAAGAAUGUCCCUGCCUUGGAUCAUGUCAAGAAAAACAAGCAGGAGCAAGAAGGAGGUGGGGGGAAGAGAAGGCCGCACAUUGUGGUCCAGAUAUCCUCGGUGGCAUCGCUUGGGCAAUCAGACAAGUGGCUCAAAGAGGUUUUGUUCGCGUCUCUGGCACCCAAAGUAGAAGACCCAAAACCGCGCUACUCGAUCAUAUUUCCCACCCCAGAUGAGAUCCGACGCUCCCUGAACGGAUACGGGUCGGGUGGGUCUAUCCAUAUGAAGCUGCAGAGCGCAGCCCAGCAGAGGCAGCUGCAAUAUUUGCGGCCCUUUUUGUGUCGUUGGGCGGGAGAUGACGAAGAGAAGCCCGCCAAACCCCGACGAGAGGCAGGCCGUCGACGUGCGGCACCGCAUAUCAAAACGUACAUCCGGUUCUCUUCGGAAGAUAUGACUACAAUCGAUUGGGCAAUGGUCACGUCGGCAAAUUUGUCAACGCAGGCUUGGGGCGCGGCCGUAAAUGCGAACGGGGAGGUGCGGAUCUGCAGCUGGGAGAUCGGGGUGGUGGUAUGGCCGGAGUUACUGACCAGGGGACCACCGAGCACGGAUACUGCUCCUGCAGAGACGGCGAUGGUACCGUGUUGCAAAACGGAUACACCACUCGCAGUAUAUGCAGACGCCGCCGUGACAGUUGGGUUUCGAAUGCCAUACGACCUCCCUCUAAGCCCAUUCAGAGCAGACGACAUCCCCUGGUGCGCAACAGCGAGUCACAGCGAGCCCGAUUGGCUCGGACAGACAUGGGAAGGUUAACUGAAUUGAGCAACGAGAUCAUCCGAUACACCCUCACCCACUCACCCACCGAUAGACCUAUAUAUGCAACUUACCCAACUCACACCUACAUCCACCAGCACUCUACACUCGGGAUCUUCCCUGAAAAGAAUUCAACGACAAGACAGCGAAGUAUGAUGCUCGCUCAUGACUUUACAUAUUUAAAAACAGACAGAACACUCAUCCAACCAUUGACAGGCCAAAUGGAAAAUCUGUACCAGAAAGAUAUCACAAGCAAAAAGGAACCAGAUCAUUCAUAACCAAGGAUGUUCUGUAUCGAUGCUCUCUAGUCGC